AUGGUUUUCCAAUCCAAGAUUAGGGAAGACCCGGGUAGACCUGGACAAGGCUUGAUCCUAACUGGGUCUGGACCUGAUUGGGAUUGGUCCCAUUUGGGACUAUUGAAGAAACCAAACCCAGAUGAAAAACCUGUGUUUAAUCCUCUUCUCCGAAGCCAAGUUCUAGGAAAAGUGAAGGAUUUCUUGGGAAUGAUGUCAGAAGCUAAUAAAAGGCUCCAGCUUGAUGCAAAGGAAAAAGCUCAAGAUUAUGAUAUUGAAGUACUCACUGGAAAUGAAUCUGAAGUUAUUGAGAUGGAUCUAAUGCUAGGUGUAGCUGAUCUUCAUACACCAGAAACUGUAAUGGCUGCUGAAUCAGCUAUUGCCGGUAACCAGCCAAUGAUUCCUUUUGCUGCCAGCAGAAGUGGAACAGACUCUGAAGGUAGCAGUGAAGAUAGUGGCGACGACGAUGACGACAAAGACGAAGAUGAUGACCACAACGAUGAUGACGAUGAAGAUGAUGAAUAUAGUGACAAUGAUGACAAGGCCGUCUCAAGAACAUUUGUGAUCCUAGACAAGAGUUACUUUAAGGCAUUUUUAAUAAUAUAAGCAUAUAUUAAAAAAUUAUUUCAAA